AUGAACGGAGUUACUGGAGACCCAACACAGACCUGUGAAAUUUUCGGAAGCAGUAAUGCAGGUUCGUUCAUGCGACAAGUGCAAGCUGCAGUAGACGCCAGCCCCGACACAUCUCAAAUCCCAGUCACGACUACAAAAGAGCUCCCACUGAAUACUCAGUCAGCUCGACAGCUCCUUGAUGAUCCCGACCUCAUGUUCCUUCCUCCCAAGGGUUUGGCUGAUGCCUUGAUGCUUUCCUACUGGGACAACCAAUGGCAGUUGUAUCCCAUCAUACCGCGGCGCGAGAUUGAGACAAUAUAUGAGAGUUUAUGGGGAUCGACCACUAUGGAACAUUUGCAGUUGGCUCACGUCAGUCUCAUCAGCAUUUGUUUUGCACUUGGCUGCCAAUAUUGCCAGCUUUUACAGCCAGACAAACGAAUAGCUACGGGGAGCCAUUUCUUUGCCCGCGCAGAUCGCCUGCAUCAAAAAUUAGAGGAUGGCCCGUCGCUCACAAAGGUCCAAUAUCUGCUUCUUUCAGGAAUAUAUUUGCAGAGCACCAAUAAAGUAUUCCAGUGCUGGAUGACGGUUGGACAAGCGAUCCGCAUGGCACAGAGCUUAGGACUCCAUCUUUCUCAGCCUCAGCCGAGUUCCGAAACGAUAAUCCAAAGCGAGUACAGGCGGAGAACAUGGCAUGGUUGUGUUUGGUUGGACUGUGUUCUUUCAGCGACAUUUGGGCGGCCUGGGCUCAUUGCAGGGUUCCUUUCUGAGUCCGUACCGUUGCCAUCGAUGGUUGAUGAUGAGGAUUUGAACGGUGACAGUGGAACCCUCUCUGGCUGCUCUAAUGAUUCGCAUCUCAGAAUUACAUUCUUUGUCGAGGCAAUAAAGUUAUAUAGGAUACUAGGUGAAGUCCUAGCCCGCCUUUAUCUUAUUUCGAUGCGCAACGAUAAAUUCCAAAGCAAUCUAGUUCAGAUUGUCGAAAUUGAUGGCCAAUUACAGUCCUGGCAGGAAUCGCUUCCCAAACAUCUACGAGAUCACUCCAUCGCAGAGAACGAUGCUGUGUUGAAAAGGCAGUCAAUCGUUUUGAGAAUCCGUUUCUUACACGUUCGAACGUUACUUUUCCGCCCAGCACUAAUACAUCAUUGCCAAUCCGUCAAUCUUGACCACACUCCUGACACAAGCCUUGCCCAAUGUCUGAUCACACAGUGCUCCCAGUUGUGUUUCCGAAUCGCCCGCGAAGUGAUCAACAUAUUCCAUUGCAACUUGGACGCGGAGACGUUGGGUGGGCCAGUGCCGUGCUGGUGGUACUCUGUACUCUCAUGGCUUGCGCUAAUACACUUAGACCUGUACACCGCGGCGACGGUUGUAUUCGUUGAGCGCUACCUAGAGAAGAAGAACGGCUUAACGACUGAAUCGCCAGCUAGUCUUGCGUGGGAUGCUGCGCUUUCUGUGUUGCGAUCUUACAGUAUUCUUGGAGGCUCAGCGAAAAAGUGCGUGUCUUCUCUCGAGUACCUCUCUGAGAAAUUACCAAACGAGAAAGGAACUGCAGACACUGAAAUCCCUCAAGAUCACUUGGCUGAAAACAUGAGUGCACUGUGGGAGAUGCCAGACCUAUUCAGUGGGAAUGUAGACCUAACCGACUCGGCACUGUUGCCAUUUGACUUAGGGGGGAUGACUUGGUUAGAUUCUCUUUGA